AUGAGAGUAAGAUCCAACUUAACAAGUGAUACUGUUGGUGCUGCAACAUCAUCAACCAGAGUUGCCUCAAUCCUACAAGCAUUUCAAGAAUCUGUUUGCACAAAUGCUCUUCCAACGAUUGCGUUUUUCUCCAAACCAUGGAUCCGCGAUGUGUUCUUGAGCUUCACUACUGACAUCGGCAACAACUUCACCGCCCACCUCUUUUCUGCACUAAAAAAGACUGGUAUCAAUUCCUUGGGGAACGAUGGCGAGAACUAUGGAAGUGAUGACUUGGCGCUUGCAAUUCAAAAUUCAAGAAUUUCAAUCAUUGUUUUCUCCAAAAUCUAUGCUGCGUCAAAGUGGUGUCUUGAACAGCUAGUGAAGAUUAUGGAAUGUCGAAAGAGGGACAGGCAAUUGGUUCUGCCAAUAUUCUAUGAUGUGGAUCCUUCCGAUGUUCGGAAACAAAAUGGAGUUUAUGCAAAAGCUUUAGCUAAGUACGAACAACUUUUCGUGCCGGAGAAGAUGAUGGAGUGGAGGGCGGCAUUGACUGAUGCAGCCAAUUUAUCUGGAUGGGAUGUAAGGAAUACUGAUGGUUGCCUUUUCUCUCCAUCUAUAAUAAUAUCCUCUCAAUUUGUAAAUCCAUCAGCUCUUGCAAUGGCUGCGUUUUUCUCCAAACCAUGGAUCCAUGAUGUGUUCUUGAGCUUUAGUACCGACACCGGCAACAACUUCACCGCCCACCUCCUUUUUGUGCUAAAAAAGGCCGAUAUCAAUUUCUUGGGGAACGACAACGAGAACUGUGGAAGUGAUGACUUGGCGCUUGUAAUUCAAAAUUCAAGAAUUUCAAUCAUUGUUUUCUGCAAAAACUAUGCUGCAUCAAGGUGGUGUCUUGAACAGCUAGUGAAGAUCAUGGAAUGUCGACAGACGAUUAGGCGGUUGGUUCUGCCGAUAUUCUACGAUGUGGAUCCUUCUGAUGUUUGGAAACAAAAUGGGGUUUAUGCAUAAGCUUUUGCUAAGUACGAAGAGCUUUUCAUGCCGGAGAAGGUGAUGGAGUGGAGGGCGGCAUUGACUGAUG